AUGAAGGUCCCUGCUUCUCCAAAAGCUUCUAAGUGUAAAAAUGAGGAGAGUGGUGAAUUGAGACUGCAGUGUGAGGUUAAAGGAGAAGCUGUUGCUAGGCACUUGAGGCGACGCUUCCAGGAUGCCGUUCGAGAGAGAGGGCUGAUCCUUGCAUGGUGCGAUCAGAUUAAGGUUCUGUCCAAUCCCGCCGUUGGGGGCUUCUUGACGCACUGUGGAUGGAACUCGACUCUGGAGAGCAUGUGGAGUGGCGUUCCCAUGAUUUGCUAUCCCUUUGAGCAUGAUCAACCAUGUAAUAGGAAACUAGUCGUUGAUGAUUGGGAGAUUGGGGUCAAUCUUUGUGAGGAUUAUGGAUCUCUUGAUAGGGAACAAGUGGCCCACAAGAUUAAGAGCUUUAUGAAUGAAGGUGUUUCGGGCAAGAAUGCAGGUAGAGUGAGGCAGGUGAUGCAGAAUGCGGUGGAAAUUGAUGGCUCUUCCGAAAGAAACAUUGGCCGCUUUGUAAAGGAUUUGGAGGCAAAGAUUCAUGCCCAAAAUUAA